AGCGAUUGGUUUUUGUAGCGGUCCGGCAGUUUCGAAUAACCUUGCUUUGCUAUUUUAUACCUUGAUGUUGUCGCUGUUUUGACGGAUGAGCAAGGGUCACUCUCGUUUCUCGCGGCUACUCGAGCUCUUCGUCUGCAAUGGGUUGUGGUUUGACUCCAAAUACGCCAUUCCCUGAAAGGGAGUCGGUUAAGGAGGUGGUUCCGCUCCAAGCAGGUGAUUGCAAGGAUGAUUUCAGCAAAAGCACCCCAGCAGGGGAGGAAGGUAUCAUUAUGCUCCUUAAAUGGGGACAUAAGGCCUUCACUAUGCAGGUGUUCGAUAGGAGACAUCAAGAGGCAUCCUAUCGUUAUCCGGAGUACAGUAUUCAGACAGGUCCGAAUCUUCCUCGUCCGCAUUUCACUGCAUCUCGGCGACCAUAUUGGACCGGCCGGCCGAUUGCCCUGUAGGUUGCCAUCAACGUUUCUUUGUCCUUUCCCCAUCUGCUGCCGGCUAGUGGCUUGAGGAUUUUGCUGCAGCUCAGUACUUUGGCGUACAGACUUUCAAAAGACACACCCUUGUGUACCCUGAUGUAUUAAGAUUGUCACGAAGCCUGGGUGUUACAGCAUAAGAAAAAGUCGGAGAGUAUAAUAUGAACGAGCUGAAUUGAUCCGACAUGGCUGAGGACAUGUAAGUCGGUCUAACCGACUGUAUAUACAUUAAUUCUCGCCAAGAAGCUACUCAUUUGUUAUUGUAGUAGCAGCAGAAAACAUUUCUAAAGUUAUUUCAAGGAGUGAUGCCGAGUUGAGAGUCCUUGGCCGGAUAAAAAUCCGGGUUCUUUCUUGUUACUUAGACCUGACUGUUAUGGGAACUGCUGUUCAUUUGUCGGAAUCGCCGAUAUCGAGUUAAGAAAGAAGAAUAUUACCAUAGCUUCGGUGCAGCCGAAGUAAUCUUUUCUUCUUGAUGUGAAAUUUCAGUGUAACGGUUGAAG